AUGUGUGGAGCUUCAUGGCCAGUGGAAGUGAGAGCUGCUGUGACAUCAGCAGCAUCAUGUGUGAAAGAUGAUCCUGGGCUGCUGACUGAAGCAGGCAGAGAAGAACGAGGUAAAUCAUUGUGUCGUAUGUUCUGCAUGCCCUGUCACACCUCACCAUGGCAUUGGCAUUCCUGCCAUCAGGGGCAGCGGGCUGUGAAAGAGUGCAGAAGAUACAUUGACAAGGAUAUGAACUGCUGCUUCACACCUCUCUCUCGCAGUUCUCCUAUUACAGACAGCAGCCCGUAUGAAGUCCGGCGCGCUCAGGAACUGAACAAUCUGCUGGGGCCGAAAGGAUCCACAGAUGCAAUCGACUUGAUCUGUGACCUUCAUAACACGACGGCUAACAUGGGCCUCACACUGAUCCAUUACACGACCAGUGACUGGGUGACUCUGGCAAGAACAUCACAAACUAAGAUAACCAAAGUGCCUGUGAGAGUGCUGGUACUGGAUUUCCCAAUUAGUGACGCAUAUAACUUCGAGUCAGUAUCCAGGCAUGGCUUUUCAAUAGAGGUCGGGCCGCAGCCGCAUGGUGUCGUCAGGGCUGACAUCUAUAUCAUUAUGAAAGAGGCCGUAGACUUGACAAUAGACUGGAUCCACAAAUUCAACUCAGGAACGGUGUUUGAAGGCGGGGAUGUGGAAGCCUUUAAGUUUAUCAAAAGUGUGGAUUAUCCAAGAGAUCCAGAGACUCGGACUCUCACCUCUGCCAUUCAUCCUCAGCUGCAGGACAGAGACUUCUGUCUCCUCAUGCGGGGAGACCCUUUGUUUUUUACAUUUUCUAGAGAAACUGUGAAGCCACUGUAUGAUUGUCUUUGGUGGAUGUCCUAUCAUAUACUCUAA